UUCAUACGCCUGCACCGGCAUACGUUCCGAGACCAACUCUGACUUAUGCGGUCAGUGAAGUACCUCGUUGUCGGUCUUGGGAAUCUUCCAUACCCCCAAACAAGGCACAGCAUCGGUCAUCUGAUUCUCGACGGCAUAUCGUCUCAGCUUCGUGCACCUCUCGCCUCAGAAAUGAAAGGCUACUACGCCGAAACCCAGAUCGAAAUGGACAGCGGAAAUGCUGUUCCCAUAGCUCUCUACAAACCACGCGAUCUCAUGAACGUGUGUGGACCUGCAAUCGUGAACGUCCUUCGUAAAACCUCGGUCGCUCCGAACUCCCUCAUCGUGAUACACGACUCGCUGGACCACCUCCCAGGCAACAUUUCGCCCAAAACCGGUGGCUCACCCAAUGGUCACAAUGGUGUGAAGAGUAUCAUUUCAGCAUUAGGAUCGCAGCAGUUUUAUAGGCUGCGGGUAGGUAUAGGACGUCCGGAGGCGGGUGUCAAGGAUUAUGUGCUGGGACGGUUAUCUUCGUUUGAUCGACAGUACGCUACUGGCGAUGGCGUGUACGAUGCGCUUCGGCAUAUACGGACUAUUAUCGAGAAAACUGGACGAUAGCAUUUGUUAUUGCUAGUCAUUUGAGCUCUGUUCUCUCGUUAUAGUUGCUGGACUGACAUCUGCCGGCAGCUGGCCCAUAUAUUAAUUUUCUACCAGCUGGGUAUCCUCGGGGUUCUUGCCGUAUCACUACUCCGGUUUACCGACCGUACAGACGGUUGUCGUGGUUGUUAUAAUCUACAUUGCGCGAGUGCUUGCUCGCGGUACG